UAUAGACGCAAAUUCUUCCCAAUUCAAACCACUGUUUUAAUUCUACCACAUACCAAGAUGUUCAAUAUAAAGCAUGAUCGUAUCUGUUUAAGCCACUUCAAGAUUCAUCAAUAGUAAAAUUGUUUUGUGAUCUUUACUAACUGCCUGAACCCGCGGAAAAAGUUUAUUCGAACUCUUUUCAUGUCAUGAUUCACAGUGGAUUUUAUUCGAAUUCGACUCGGAAAAAAAUAUUGAUGAACUCGGCGAAGGUUUUAAAAACAAGGUAUUUCGCAUAUUUCGUUCCGUGUCCUGUGGAGAAAUGGAGGAGUUCAGCCAAAUAAAGGUAGAAGAGCUUCUCAUAUCAGACGUAAUGGCUACGAAAAAGGAUGUUACGCUUGGUAGUAUCAAUCGGUGCUCCGGUGAGCCGACUGUAACAAACGCCUUCAGGAAAGGUUCAACUGAUGUGAAACAAGAACCUGUAACGGGUAUCACCGAUGAAGCGGAGACUAAGGUAGCUUGUGAUGAAACUGCAGCUUCUGCCUUCAGGCACAAUACCGGCGUUGCUGAUCAUCCCCAGAAAAAGUAUGCAUGUGAAUUCUGCAACAAAGAUUUAAGGUCAAAAUACAGUUUGGAGGGUCAUAGAAGAUUACAUACCGGGGAACGACCUUUUGCGUGUGAUAUCUGCAGCAAAACAUUCCGCACAACUAAAAGUUUACGGUACCAUAAGCUUGCUCAUACAGGAGACCGCAAUUUCGAGUGUGACGUAUGCAAGCGACGUUUUUCCUUAAAAUCCAAUUUAUCGACCCACAUGAAUAUACACCGCAGAGAUUGCCCUCAUAAAUGUGUCAUCUGCGAUAAAACAUUCCCAGAUAGAUGUAACCUCAUGGAACAUAUGCGCACUCACAGCGAUGCGCGACCCUUUAAAUGCGAUAUCUGUGGUGCAACGUAUAAGAGACGUAGUAUUCUAAAAAAUCAUAUGAAGAUCCACAAGGUCGAGCCAUCCCCAGGCAACACAGAAGGGUUGGAGCCGAGUCGGACUGAUAACAGUCGAAGUGAAGGAUCAGUGAAAUACACCUGUGACAUCUGUGGUAAACAGUACAGCCGAUUGGGAGUACUUCACAUACACUUGGAUCUUCAUCAGAGCACCACUGUCAGAUCUGAGAUGGAAACUAAGCACACGAAACUACACGAGUGUACGAUUUGUGGAAAAGCACUUCCGUAUAGAACAAAACUUCUAAGGCACAUGCUCUCUCAUACUGAAGAACGGCCUUUUGAUUGCGACAUUUGCGGUUUAUCAUUCAAGUCAGCCCUAGACGUGAAAGUUCAUAAGAAAAGUCACACCUCCGAGAGGCCAUAUGAAUGCGAAAUUUGCGGGACAACGUUUCUUUUUCCUUCCACGCUUAAGCGGCACUUGUUUGGCCAUACCAACGAACGGCCUUUCAAAUGUAAUAUUUGCGGUCUAUCAUUGAAGUCAGAAUAUAAUCUAAGAAAUCAUCAGCAAACGCAUAAUUCCAAUAGUGAAGGUUUCAAAUCCAAAGAACUUUUUAAAUGUGACAUUUGCAAUUCAUCGUAUAAAUCGGCUAGUGGUUUGAGGAAACAUGAGAAAAAGCACUCCUCGGAGAGCCCGUAUGAAUGCAAAAUUUGCAAUGAAAAGUUUCCGUUUGCUUAUAGGCUACGGCAGCACAUGCUUGGCCAGUCAAAUGAACGGCCCUUCAAAUGCAAUAUUUGUAGCUCAUCAUUUAAGACAAUUCAUAAACUACAAUCUCAUGGUAACGUACACUCGGAAGAAAGACCUUACACAUGUGAUAUUUGCGUUUUUGCAUGCAAGAGAAACAGCGAGUUGAGGGCGCACGAGAAAACACAAAAACAUCGAAGGCGAAAAUUAAUCACAAACGAACAUGUGAGCGAAAUGAAGGAGUUCAGCCAAAUAGAGGGGGAAGAAUUCACUUCAAUAAAAGUAGAAGAACUUAUAAUAUCUGACGUUGUGGCUACGGAAAAUGAAACUCUGCUCAACAACAUCGAUCGGUGCCUCGAAGAACCGACUUUUAACCUGGGAAAACAAUCUACUGAUGAGGAACAAAAAUCUGUGACGGCUUUCGACGAUGAAAUUGGGACUAAGGAAGCUUGUGAUGAAAUUGCAGCUUGUAGCUACAGCAACGUAGAAGCUGUGGAACCGAAUCGAGCUGAUGCCAGCCAAAGCAAUGGAUCAGUGAAAUAUACCUGCGAUAUAUGUGGAAAGCAGUACAAGCAAACGAUAGCACUUAACCUACACGUAAAACUUCAUCACAACACCACUGUGAGUUCUGAAAUUAAAACCCGCAACACAAAGCUACACGAGUGUACGAUUUGUGGAAAGACAAAUCCGAACAGAGCAACGCUGACAAGGCACAUGUUGUGUCACACGGAAGAACGACCUUUUAAUUGUGAUAUUUGCGGUUCAUCAUAUAAGUCAGCGGAUGAUGUGAAAGUCCAUAAGAAAACGCACAGCUCCGAGAGACCGUAUAAAUGCGAAAUUUGUGGGAAAGGGUUUAUUGCUCGUCAGAAGCUCAAGCGGCACUUGUUUUGCCAUACUAGUGAACGACCUUUCAAAUGCAAUAUUUGCGGUCUAUCGUUAAGGAGAGAAGAUAAUCUAAGAAAUCAUAAACGAACGCAUAAUUCCAAUCGUGACAGCUUCACAUCCGAGGCAAACCAUGUGACGCAUGUGAGUCCAUCUGAAGAACAACUUUUCAAUUGUGAUAUCUGCGGGUUAUCGUAUAAAACAGCGAUAAAUUUGAGAAGACAUAAGCACAAGCACACCUGGGAGAGUCCGUUUAAAUGCGAAAUUUGCGACAGAAGAUUCCCAUUUCCUUACAGACUAACGCGGCACAUGCUCCGCCAUACCAAUGAACGGCCUUUUCAAUGCAACAGUUGCGGCUUAUCGUUCAAGUCGAUUUAUAAUCUACAAAAUCAUGAAAAAAGGGUACAAUGCACAAGAAAACGGAAAAGCACCUUAGGCGAAAAUUAAUCACAAAUGAAAACUGAUAAGCGAUAUUGGUCAGUCAAAUCUUCACUCAGUUUUGAAAAUUUUAAAGACUGUCUUUAUUGUACAAUGUGAUGUGAAUAAAGAAAAUGAAGUUAUGACAGUAUUGUAACGAAUUUUUUUACUUAAACGACGUGCUUCUACAGAGGUCAUGUGUAAUGACAAAAACGGCAACAUGCAUGCUGAUAAACCGACGGUUGUAGCCAUGAUACUAAGGAUCUGG